GGGUCACGCGUCAUUUUACGAGAUCAUAGACGCCAUUUUUGUUUAACUGGAAGUGGCACGACGGUACGGACGCACGACUCCACGAGUCUGGUCCAGUUAGUCAGUAUAGAACUACCGUAAAGAAGACAGAAGCUAAAUCUGUUUGUUUGUUAACAUCAUAUCGAUAUACGUGACAGUAUGCUUAUUGAAAAUUUAGAAGCGCUCAAAACAUGGUUAACAAAGACGCUCUCACCAAUAAGUGAUGCUGAUCCAGCCUCUCUUGCCAAAUAUGUUGUGGCCCUGGUGAAAAAGGAUAAAGUUGACAAAGACUUGAAGGAAGUGUGCAUGGAUCAACUUGAUGUAUUUCUUCAAGCAAAAACAAAGGAUUUUGUUGAUUCGUUGUUUGAAGCCUUAAACACAAAAGAAUAUCUAAAACAUGCAGCACCAGACUCCUCUACAAAAGCACCACCUGUGCAGGAAGCAAAGUCCGAGGCAGCCCCUAUUACUAAACCAGACAGCAGAAAAGAUUCUUCUGAUUCAAAGAAACCUAAGAUACAGGUUACCAAUGAGAAAGGUAGAGAGGUGAAAAGAGAGGAGAGGAAACAUGGAUCAAGGAGCCCCAGUCCCCGGGACAGAAGACGUGAUAAUGAUGACAGAAGAAGAAGACAUGAUGAUAGAAGAAUGUCAGAUGAAAGGAGAAGUUAUAGAAGGAGGUCACGUUCAUACAGUCCAAGAAGUCCUCGCAGGAUCCGUGGAAGGUCCAGAAGUCCAAGGGACAGAGGAAGGUCAAGGUCAUGGAGUAGGUCACGUUCCAGAUCCAGAUCAAGACCGAGGUCGUGGAGCAAGUCAAGGUCACGAUCAAGAGAAAGAAGAGUGUACAGCAAACAGCAGCCGGAUAGCCGAGGUUCCACCCCAACAUUAGAUAAUGGAAAGUAUGACACACCAUCGAUCAUUCCAACUGUAGGAAGUGCCAUGUACUCUGCUCCCAGAGGAGAAGGAGGAUACCCGUCUGAGUCUCAACCCAAGGGACUGCCAGCAAUAUCUGUUCCAUCAAGACAGAGGUGUAAAGAUUAUGAUGAGAAAGGGUUUUGUAUGAGAGGUGACCUUUGCCCUUAUGAUCAUGGGCUGGACCCAGUCAUUGUAGAAGACGUCAGUAUUCCUCCUCCACCUUAUGUGCCAGGACCACCGGCGAUUCCUACCAAUGGUGCCCCUAGAAUGCCAGGACCAGGUUUUGUGGAAAGACCUCCACCUCCAGCUUUAGGACCCCUGCCUAUCCCUCCACGUCCAGAUCAUUUUGAGUACAACCCAGAAGCUCCUGGGAUGACAGGACCUCCUAGACAGCCAUUCUGGCUAGGACCACCCCCAGUGAGACCCCAGGGGACCCAGCCACCUACCAGUUUCCCAUCCUUUCCUCUCCCACCUCAGAACCCCUCUAUUCAAGCCAGAAAUAGGGAACAUCUCAUUAGUAUUCCUGUUAAGGAUGAUAAAGAGGAUAAUGUUAUUGUUCCUCCUGGAACGGAAUCGAGUCAUCCCGAGUCAGAAAAUAUGGCUGACUCCGGUACAGAGGGAAAACAAGAGAGAACAGUCAUCCCCCCAAAACGACCCUUUAACCAUCCAAAACGACCCUAUAACAGUGGGCCCGGUCAGGUCCACAGGGGAUACAUCAACCCUUAUCAUCAGAAUAAUUAUGGGCCCUCAGCUCCAAAGAAACCUUUUGAUUUCAGCAGAGUGGGAGGUUACAGAAAACCAGAUACUGAUGCCUUAAGUCUGGAAGUCAGGAAAAUACCCAAGGAAUUCAACAAUAUAAUGGCUAUAAAUCAGCAUUUUUGUAAAUUUGGAAAAUUAACAAACAUUCAGGUCAGUUUUGAGAAUGACUCGGAGGCCGCCUUGGUGACCUUCUCUACAAACCAGGAGGCCCUAGCCUGCUACAGAAGUACAGAACCUCUCUUUAACAACAGAUUUGUCAAAGUUUUCUGGCAUAAAAACAGAGAAAACACUCAAGAGAAGUCGGAAGGAUCUGGAGGUCAGCCACCUGACCAUAAAUCAGUGAAAGAACGACUAGGUCCUCCAAUCAUACCCCAUCCUAGCAAACUGUCCCUUAACAACAUGAAACCUAAAACUGUAGAGCAGUCUCUGCCAACAGCCAAAGAGAAGGCUGUUAUAUACACAUCUUCUAUUGGAAACAUCACAAAGACUGUCUACAAUCCAGAGGCUAUUAAAGCUAAAACAGCCAUCACUAGUCCAACAGCUGUGGGUUCAGCUUCCUUUGUCUCCAAAAUCGAGGCCAUUAAAAGACAGGAGGAGAAAAAGAAGGAAAUGUUAAAAAAGAGGGCAGAGCUUCAAAAGCAGAAACAUGAGCUGCUGCUGAAGCAGGUGGAACAGCAGAAGAUGCUUAUUUCUAAGCUAGAGAAAACAAAAAGUGCUGAAGAGAAAGCAUCCAUAAUGAAGACGAUUGGUGUGCUGUCCAAAUCAGUGGAGAAGAUCAAAUCAGAGUUGAUGCCCAGCAAGACCACGGCAGUUGGAGUGACUAAGAAGGUUUCCACACCAGAGGAGGCAAGGAAAGAGAUUCUGGAUACCGAAUUAGAGCUUUUUAACAAAGAACACUCCGGAGAAGACACAACAGCCCUGAAACUUAAACUAAGUGAACUCACAAAACAGGCAGCAGCUAUGGGAUUGCUUGGCAGAGGUAGGGGUCGAGGACGGGCAGCACCUAGGCCAAGAGGGGCCAACACCUGGGUGGCAGCUGGAUUGCGAGGCAGGGGAAAGCCUAUGCACAUUCCUAGUCAGGGAAGUAGGAAGUUAGACAAGCGACCUAAACAGCUGGAGGUGAAGGGCUUUGACUGGGAAGAUCAGGAACUGCUCAACCAGCAUUUCACAAAAGUGUGUAAUGUGGACAAAAUAGAUUUUGAGGAAGGAGACAAGAGUGCAGUCAUUACAUUUCAUACCAGAGACGAAGCAGAAAAGGCUGUGUUGCAUUGUGGGAAAUUAAAUGGCAAAAAUCUCAUCAUGAAAUGGCAUACAUUAGUGAAGGUUAAGCCUGGACAGACUGUAGACCAGGAUGAGGAAACAGCAGAUACUGAAGUGGAGGGUCAUGGAGAGGAUGAUCUAGAUGAGGAAGCCUUACUCGCUGGUGAUGACGAGGAGGAGGAAGAUGAGGAAAGUCGGUCCUGGAGGAGGUGACACUGACGCUUCUGGGUCCUCAAAGAGUCCUCCUUAAUUAUACAUGUACAUUGGACUAUUUUAUCAUGUGAAUUGGCUAUAGCAUUGCCACCAUUUUAAUUAUUCAGCAGAUAUCUAGUCAUCUGUGUAACUAGCCGUUUCAAAUGAAUAUUAUCCACUCAGUUUUAUCAUUGUGUUCAGUAACGUCAGUAGUACAAGUUAAAAAAAAAAAGAAUUGUUUGUAAAGAAGACUGAAAUAAAGUUUUGUGAAGAUGAGCAUUAAUGUAAAUUUCAUGUAAUUUGAUACUUUAAUAUACAUGUAAACAGGUCAACAUAAAAAAAAAUCUGCUCUUUUGCAAAAUUAUUGUACCAUGUAUGUAAGAUUUGUUACUGUGUUUAUAGUUUUGAUUUGCUGAGAUUUGCAAUAGUUUUGUAUAUAUUGUAUCACAGAGUGAUGUAAAAUGGUGCAUCUUUUAACAUAAAUAUAAUUUAUGUAUACGACAGAACUUUAAUUGUAAAAUCAGAGUCUUGAUUUUUGAAAAACUUUGGCUGCAAUUCAGAAAAUGUUUGAAAGAUGUAAUAAAACAUUACAAUAUGCAGCACAUUAACUUGAAAAAGAGAUGAAUUUUUUCAUGACAUCCACUUGUUUUUCAUAUACAUCCAGACUCUGAUUAUGACUGUGAGAUGUUAUUUGAGGAAUAAGACAGCAAUGAAAUUGAAUGAAGAAAAAAGAAAAAAAAAGAAAUGCAACAAAAGAGAAAAGAGAUUGAAAGUGAAAUAUUAAAAAAAAAGACAUGUGAUUGAAUAAGAUGCAAUGUUACAAAAUAUGGAGAAUAAAUAGAACGAAAAGAUGUGGUAUGAAACCACCACAAAA